GCCCGCGCCGCUGUCUACUUGUUACAGUGUGUUACAGUGGGUUCCGGUACAGUUUACACUUGCGUGUCCAGUGCACUGUGUACAUGCUACAGUGAUUCCAGUGUAACAGCCCCGCAUAUCUACCACAGCUGAGAAAUUAUAUUUAACAACCUAAUAGCACUUCGUGACAAUUAAGUAAAAUCAUACAAGUCGACAUGCAAGUAGUAACACAUCGUGUACCUAUACGAGUGGUCACACUUAUCUAAGUACAUGUGGUCAACAUACGAAGAAGUGAAACUUACUCAAGAGACUAAGAUGGUGACGUAUUCUCAUGGCUGCUCUCCUUCGGCAAGGGAGUGAACUAUGAACUUGAUAAAGGUGUUCCUGAUCGCAUGGCUGAUAGAAACCACGAGAACAGAGAAAAUGAAGUCUGGCGGAGAAUAUGCGACCGUGGAGGUCCGCAGGUGUUUAAGAAGCGGAGGAAACAUUUGCUAUGUAAGUGACUUUGACAGGAAGAGACGUUUUGACAAGAUGAGAGGUGACACACAACUACAGCAAAGUCAGAAUUCCCUGUGUUCGUUUGCUUGUAACAAUGUUACAGAUAUUGUCAAAGAAUUCAACUCAAAGCAUAAUGAAUAUAGAGGUAAACGUUGUGCAAACUAUUUAAAUAGAAUCGUAAGAACCGUCUGCACAAGUAAGGACAGUAGCUGUGUCUGCACAUCUAUGGCUUGUACUUUGCGUAGUACUAUUUGUGUCUUUUCACGCGAGAGAAGAGUUAGGGAAGCUCGUAGAAGUAUUAAAAUUUCUGAAAACGAUAAUGAUUUCUCAUCCAAAAGGAAAACAAAUGAAUCUGGGUACGUUUUACGGAAGAAACUUUCAUUCAGUGACGAUUCCACAGAGGAUUUAGACUCAGUGGGUAUUAUCCAACCGGUAUUGUCAGAUAUAACCUUGCCCGCCCCAGAAGCGUUGAGCGGUCACGAUCACGUCAUCCAAGACCAUUUCGAACAAGAGAUUCUGGAAACAGAAAAUAUAUCAGUGAUUCUCACGACUGAGGAGCUCAAUUCAAAUAGUGUUGCCUUUGAUGAAAUAGUGUCUGUGAUAAGUGACAUGAAGUUGGACAAGGAAAUUCAGACCAGAUCUUCCUCACAAGGAUCGGCCGUGGUCGAUGGUGACCAAUCGAAUCGAUCGGACUUGAUUGAAGUGUUUCGGUCCCGGUAUCCGGUAGAGGAGUGGAAGUCUCUGGGGUUGUUCACGGAAGACUAUCUUCACCUGAUCGAUAAGCACUGGCUCCAGUUCUCUCCACCUCGCCACAGCUCUCACUACAUCCUGGCGGGUCUGUACACACUCGUCAUGACAGUCGGCGUCACUGGAAACUGCCUUGUCAUCUUCAUGUUUCUCAGGUAA